AUGUCCUCAACACGUCCAGAAUUGAAGUUUUCAGAUGCUUCUGAAGAGAGAGGGUUUUACAGAAGGUUUUCAACGCUACCUGAGAAACCAUCUCAAACAAUCAGAGUUGUCGAUAAAGGUGAAUACUACACCGUGGUAGGGCACGAUGCUAUAUUCGUGGCCGAAAAUGUAUAUCAUACGAACUCGGUGUUGAAGGACUGCAGAAUUGACCCAGGAACAGCCAAAUCCAUCCAUGAGCCUCUCAAGUACGUUACGAUCUCGUCUCAGGUCCUUGCAGGCCUUUUGAAGCUCUGUCUACUGGAACAGGGGAUGAAGGUGGAGAUUUACGACAAGUCUUGGAAAUUGCUCAGAAGCGGUUCGCCCGGUAACAUCGAUCAGGUAGACGAUCUUAUGAAUAUCUCGUUCGAUUCUGCAAUCGUUUUGGCAAGCAUCAAAAUUCAACCUAACGCACAAGAAGGCAACUGUGUGCUGGGUGUAUCAUUCAUUGACAGUGGUUCUUACAAACUGGGCAUGCUAGAUAUUGUUGACAACGAGGUUUUCUCUAAUUUGGAGAGUUUUUUGAUUCAGAUGGGGGUCAAAGAGUGUCUUCUUCCCGAUCAGAGAACAAAUGAAACCAUCUCCAACGAACUGAAAAAAAUGGUGGGAGUUUUGGACCGUUGUGGUUGUGUCUCAACUUUUAUCAAGAGUUCAGAUUUCAAUCAUAAGGAUGUUGAACUAGAACUGGUAAAACUAGUCGGUGACGAGCUUUCCAUGUCAUUAAUGAAAUUUUCCAACUUGGCACUUGGGUCGUGCAACGCCCUCUUGGGGUAUUUGCAAAUUAUGAGUGAUGAAUCGCAAAUGGGCAAAUUUGAACUGGUGCAACAUUCACUCAAUGAAUUCAUGAAACUAGAUGCAUCGGCGCUAAAAGCACUCAACGUGUUUUCUGAGAAUACCCUUGGGUCGAGCAGCAUGCCCGUGAGCCACGGAACACUCGGGAGCGGGCCCAGAAUAAGUAGCGUGUUCCAGCUGCUGAACAAAUGCAAGACCAAUGCGGGCGUCAGGCUGUUGAAUGAAUGGCUCAAGCAGCCUCUAACUGAUGUCGAAGAAAUCGAAAAAAGACACGAUCUGGUAGAUUUCUUGAGCGACCAGCUUGAGUUAAGGCAAGUUUUGCAGACUGAUUACCUUCCACUAGUCCCGGAUGUAAGGAGACUGACCAAGAAAUUGAUAAGGAACGGGAACCUCGAAGAUGUCCUCAAGAUUUAUCAAUUUGCCAGGAAAGUUCCCGAGAUAUCGCAAGUAUUAGAUGAUUAUUUGAAGGACGUCACUGAUGAAUCGUCGAUCAAACUCCUAGUCCUAAAUACUUGGCAAAAACCUUUAACUGAGCAUUUGGCUCCUCUUGACAAAUUCCAAGAAAUGGUGGAGUCUACUGUUGAUUUGGAUGCCUACGAGUCUACGAACGAAUUCAUGAUCAAGGUAGAUUUCAACGAAGAUUUGGCGAAGAUUCGCAUUGAUCUUGACGAUCUGAAGGAUAAGAUCAAGACAAUUCAUCUUGACGCUGCCGAUGAGUUGGGUUUUGAUCCUGAAAAGAAGCUUAAAUUGGAGAACCAUCAUAUUCAUGGCUGGUGUAUGAGGCUGACAAGAAACGAUGGUAAGGAGCUUCGUCAACACAAGAAAUUCCUGGAGCUCACGACAGUAAAAGCAGGUAUUUACUUUAGCACCAAAGAGCUGAAACAAAUAUCCGAACAGACAGCCCUUUUACAAAAAGAAUAUGACAGGUUGCAGUAUGAUCUGGUGAAAGAGAUUGUUCAGAUAACACUUACCUACACUCCCGUCCUGGAAAAACUAUCAAUCGUGCUGGCCAAACUAGAUGUACUGAGCUCAUUCGCUCAUGUGUCGUCGUAUGCUCCAAUUCCCUACGUCAGGCCUACAAUGCACGGACUUGGAACAGAACGGAAGACUGAACUCAUCGCGUCAAGACACCCUGUUUUGGAAGUUCAGGACGACGUAGCGUUCAUUUCGAAUGACGUUCGCUUAGAAAGUGGCAAGAACGAAUUCCUUAUCAUAACGGGGCCCAAUAUGGGCGGUAAGUCUACUUACAUUCGUCAAGUUGGAGUCAUUUCACUGAUGGCUCAGAUAGGAUGUUUUGUUCCUUGUGACACAGCGGAGAUUGCGGUGGUGGACGCGGUUCUGUGCCGUGUAGGAGCUGGAGACUCGCAGCUGAAAGGUGUUUCGACAUUCAUGGUGGAGAUGCUGGAAACGGCCUCGAUUCUCAAGAACGCUACGCAGAACUCGCUGAUUAUUGCUGACGAGUUGGGGAGAGGAACGAGUACGUACGAUGGGUUUGGUCUUGCAUGGGCGAUAUCCGAGCACAUUGCCACUAAAAUCAAAUGCUUUGCACUAUUCGCAACACAUUUCCACGAGCUCACAUUACUGGCCGACGAGGUUCCCACGGUUCAGAACAUGCAUGUCAUAGCCCAUAUCGAAGACAUGAACGCCGGCUCUCAUUCUGCGGACGAUAUUACACUGCUAUACAAAGUCGAGCCGGGUAUUUCGGAUCAGUCUUUCGGUAUUCAUGUUGCCGAAGUCGUCCAGUUCCCCACCAAGAUUGUUUCCAUGGCGAAGCGCAAGGCUGCCGAACUCGAAGAACUCAAACAGGACUCUCAGACGCUCAAAAAGCAAAAAUGCACUUCUGACGAGAUAGCAGAGGGCACUCAAGUUCUGAAAACGCUACUAAAAGAAUGGGUGAAAGACGUGCGUGAUGGAGGGCUCGAAGAUGCCAUCACUGAGGAGCAAAGCCAAGAGAAAAUACUACAGCUUUUGAAAAAGGUGACUUCAACGUCUGCUUAUUCCGACAACAAAUUUGUCAAAGAAAUUUCACAACUGUUGAUGUGA